UGCAGAUGGUGACACCAUUGAGAUAAAAAAAUUAUAGCUUAUCAUUUCUUUGCCCUUAGGGGCCCUUGUAGUUUCAUUAUAAUGAUUUUAGGAGUUAAUUGUUUUCAGCUUGGGAUUCAUUGAGCUUUCUGAAUUUAAGUACUGAUGUCCCUUGGCAGUUCUGGAAAAGCUUUAGCCACCAUCUCUUCCAACGUUUCUAGUCUUCUUUCUGGAACUUUGAAUAGCUGUGUAUUUCUUUUUUACUCUGUCAUUAACUUUUCUUCCUUGUGCUUUCACUUUCUGGAUAAUUUCUUUCCCCUGCUGAUUCAAUCUUUUUCUUUUCAGCUAUACAGAUUUGCUGUAUAAUCCUUUCUCUGGGUUUCUUCAUUGUAAGGUUUAUCUUUUCAAUAUCUUGAAGUUCUGUUUUUUAGAAAACUAAAGACAGGACUAACCUAACUUAAAAUUUCCCCUCAAACUUUCUGCAGACAAGAAAAAUGGUGAUAAUUUGAACUAAAGACUCAAGAGAAAGCUUGAUAAAAGCUAUAAAUCCUCUAAGGAGGCACCAAGUUCUGGACAGAUAUAUUUCUUUGUGAUCCUCUUCUAAAGGAGAGGAUUUCUUCUCAUUCACCUUUGCUCCGAUGGUUUAAUACUCUGGGGCCCAAGCUGUAUUAAGGCUUUAGGCUUUAUCUCCUUCCUCCUUCCACCCUAGUCCUGCCAUGGGGUUGUAAGAAACCACUGAGAGCAAAGCUAGUUUUGUCAUUUACUGCCCAGUGUUUCUGCUUUCACUUCAAAGUUGGCCUCUCUACUCAAUUUUGAGCCAGAUCAGCUAGGCAUGUAGAAAUAUUUUCCGAUGGUAUAGCUGGCACUAUUGUUUCAGCAGGAUGACCAUUCAGGGUCUAACUUAAAAGACUUUAAAGUGAAGCAGGCAGAAGUCCACUUCUGAAAGAGAAAAGAUACAAUGGCUUCCUGAGAGUGACAGUAAAGUUACUGAAAGUAAUGGGAGCAGAAAGUGUUUGUACCAUGGCUCCUGAAUUCACACAGGAUGAAGCAGAAAUCUAUUCUUUGACAAACAUGGAGGGCAGCAUUGGAAUCAAAGGAUGUGAGUCCAAGUCUUGGCUCUUCAAAUUCUAUCAGACUUGCUCUCAAAUUCUUAUGUGUAGUGAAUUCAAGAAUCUGUACCUGCCCACUAGCAACAAAACCACAGUGAAGAAGCAGAAUGCCUGUUUGACUCACCCUGACAGAUCAGCCAUGGCAGGUCUGCUGUUGUAGAAAAUUCUCCACCCCAGAGGUUUUCUCUCUCCUGCAGGGAAGGCUCAUGAGCAAAUGCUGUCAUUAGCAACCAUGCACUGUUGAAGACAUAGAGUGAGAAAAUAUGUCAGGCAUUGUUUCCAUGUACCAAUUUUAGUAAAAAAUCAUGAAGAAUUUUCAAGAUAUUAACUACAGAUUAAAACAAUUUUUAACCUAAAUCCUGAGAAUUUC